AUGACAGAUCAGUUCGUGGUGGACUGCUACUUUGUUGGCAAAGGGGGAACCAAUAUUCAUUUUCAAAACCGCCGACUAAAAUUUGCUCCAGCCCAUUUGGAGAUACUGAGUCCCAAGCCAGAUGAAGCUCCCCGAAUCCUUCCAUGUACCCAGUUCCAAUUCAAGAUUCUGAAAGCCGGAAAGAAACAUUUGAAUUUUCUACUCGUGCCCGAAACUGAAAAAGGUUAUUUGUCACUUAAGAUGACGUUCAAACCAGAAUACGAGCAAUUUAUCGAAUGGGUGACAGAACAGUUCAAUAAAAUGAUUAAAGAAAAUAAGGACAAAAUGCAGAGCAAGAAACCCAAAAGCAAACAAGUUCCAUUGAUCGUCUCUACAGAAGUGCUUAACAAAGACAUCUAUCAGAUACGCCCGAUUUACAACGAGAAAAAUUGCUUAGCUGAACUAGAACGACAAAGAUCCCAGUCGAGAGCAAUGAAUGUCUCACCUGUUUCCCAGCAGACUCCGCCCAAACAACUUCCAAGUCUGGGAUAUAUGAAACAAUUGGUGUCUCGAAGCGAUGCUAUAGACUCGUUCACAAAUACAUUUCCGGCGAAGAAAGAAGAACCAGAUGUGACUCUUUAUAAAGCUGCCAAGUCGAAUCGUAGUCAAAACGCGUCACCAAUGGAUUUCGAACCUUUUGAAAACCCAGUUGAACGUCUGCCGAAGAAAGAAGAACCUGUUGAGUCUUACUUCACACCGGAGAAAUCAAAUCGUAUCGAAAUUGGUUCACCAACGGAUAUGUUCCCCCCUGCAAAGCCAAAGAUAUCGAAGCCAGGAAAACUGGACAAUGAGGUUCCUUCAAAAUCGAUCUCGGUGGUUUCUGAAAUAAAAUGCCUAACUGAUUCACCUGAUUUGGAUAAGGAGUUUAAAGAAAACAUAUCAGAGAAGAAUUGUUCUACUCCUUCGCCAUCACCUACGAAAGAUGAAUUCCGAAACAGAAGGCUGGAAAAUACUGGAAACUCGUGCUACUUCAACGCCACUAUGCAAGCUUUAUCGGCGUGUCAUCCAAUGAUUUCUCGCUGUAGGAUUCUCAAGCUUACGGAGAAAGAUAAAAAUAAUUUCUUCGAAAAUCAAAAGUAUUCAACCACAAAAUUGGAGCAGAAAUAUACUUUGUUCGCUGACAUGUUGGACAUGAUGUCGACUUUGAGCGCCCGUGAAGAAAUAGUCGAAAAUAAUAUGAUUCUCCGCCGCAUGACUAGAAGUAGAUUGACGAGAAUCCGUCAGAAUCUUGGAAGAAUCAAUCAUGACUUCGACAAUGAUAACCAGCAAGAUGCUCAUGAGUAUCUUUUAAUGCUUCUAGGAUCAGUCGAUGACGUAAUAGAAGCCAACAGGAAAAAGUCAAAGACCAUGAAAGGAAAGAGUAUUGCUCUUCUUAACCCGUCAAAAGUAUUCGAAUACGAGGUAGAAACGUUGUAUGCUUGUCAAUCCUGUCACAAAACGGAACGAAAAUCUGAUUAUCGAUCAGAUUUAUCCCUCAACGUGAGUGAAAAUUGCUAUGUUCAAAAGCUUCUUUCCUCGCUUUCCGAAUGGUCUCCAGUGGAAAAAGAAUGCUCAUAUUGCAAAGAAACCCGGUCUUCGGCUUGUGAACGAAUUUCGAAAUUUCCACCAAGCCUUAUCAUGAAUUUGAGACUAUAUGAAAUGCAAGAAACAGAAGGCAUAACAAAGAAGAAAGACUGUUCUGUGAAUGAUGCGUUCGAAAUUGACUUAUCUUCACUCAGGUCUCACACAGAACCGGAAAACUUCGAUAUGAAUCAAUAUAAUUUCGUCGAACGCCCAGCUUCUUCUUCUUUGAAAUUCGAAGACCUUAAACCAGAUGAGAAUGGCAAUGCAUCACAAGAAGAAUCACAAAAUGACAUAAUCAUAGAAUCAGUGAAAAAGUCGAAGGAUCUUUAUUUCGAGCCGCUUUCGGAUAUCGAAGAUGUGAAAGAAAUACUCGGGAAGUUGAAUAUAGCCUUCUGCGAGAAAUCUGUGAGAUCACAUCUUGAUAGUUUGAAAUUACCCGUUGAGAAGAUGUCGCGCUCUGAUUCUCCUGCGGAAACAGCUAUGAUCAAAGGUGAUGGUAACUGCUUCUAUCGUGCGAUCUCUUGGUGUCUCACUGGUUCCGAAAAAUUCCACCGAAGGCUCCGAUUAGCCACUGCCGAAUACCUCAAAAACAAUGAAGAAAAUCUGAAGAAGUACUGUAAGGAGAAAAACUACGAAAAUUAUGUCAAGAAAGUGGAAAAGAACUCUGAAUGGGCUGUCUCCUGUGAGAUUUUCGCAAUGGCCAAUAUGCUGAACAUCGAGAUUUUGACAUUUUUGGAUCGUCGAUGGGUGUCUCAUAUUCCACGUGGAGGGGGAUCGUCGUCGGGAGGAUCGAUUUACUUGAAUAAUAAAUUCCAUCACUACGAACCGACGACCUCUCUAUCGAAGUCUUGUUCACAAAAUACCGAUUCCCAGUCAUCCGCUUUACAGCAAAACGUCGCCAAUAAAACAUCACGAUGCGGAAGUAAACGGAAAGCGGAUGACAAUGAGUCAGAAGAAGACACUCUCGAGAGAAGAAAUAAAAUACACACUGCCGAAAACGGAGAAAUUUCAGAGUGCAAAAUUGAUCAAGAGAACUGUGAAACAAUGACUGCACAGGAACGAGACACGCAUGCCCCCGAAGACGUCAAGUACAAUUUGGUAGCAGUCGUCUGUCACCUUGGAGAUUCGCCACACAGAGGACACUACGUGGCUUACAUCAAAGAUCCCAAUAAGUCCUCAAAAUGGAUCUACUGCUCAGAUAAUGACAUUGAGGAGGUGAAAAGGGAACAUGUUGAAGUUUCAAUCCGAACUUCAGGCUACGUUCUUUUCUAUGAUCGUCAGUAG